AUGGGUACUGCAGGAAGCACAGACCCCUGGGAUGGACAGAGAAGUCACUGGAUACCAAGUAAACAUCCUGAUACCUCUGAGGAGAGCCAGAUGAUGGAUUCUGUGAACAAUCUGUGCAGGCAGUAUGAGGAGAAGGUGCGGCCCUGCAUUGACCUCAUCGACUCCCUGCGGGCUCUGGGUGUGGAGCAGGACCUGGCCCUGCCUGCCAUCACUGUCAUUGGGGACCAGAGUUCAGGGAAGAGCUCUGUGCUGGAAGCACUGUCUGGAGUGGCCCUCCCCAGAGGCAGUGGUAUAGUUACCAGGUGCCCUCUGGUGCUGAAAAUGAAGCAACUCAAGCAGGGAGAAAAAUGGAGAGGCAAGGUCAUCUAUAAGGACACCGAGAUUAAGAUCUCAAGACCCUCACUGGUAGAAGAGGAAAUCUAUAAAGCCCAGAACUUGAUUGCUGGGAAAGGGUCCCAGAUUAGCUCUGACCUCAUUAGCUUGGAGGUCAGCUCUCCACAUGUCCCAGACCUGACCCUGAUUGACCUGCCUGGUAUCACAAGGCUGGCUGUAGAUGACCAGCCUAAAGACAUCGAACACCAGAUCAAGGAACUCAUCAGGACAUACAUCCAAAAACAGGAGACCAUCAACCUGGUGGUAGUCCCCAGCAAUGUGGACAUUGCCACCACAGAGGCCCUGAACAUGGCUCAGGAGGUAGACCCUGAAGGGGAUAGGACCAUAGGUAAGGAGAGUAGGAGAUGACAGAUCUUGACCAAGCCUGAUCUUGUGGACAGAGGUGCUGAAGACAAGGUUGUUGAUGUGGUGCAGAACCUGGUGCAUCCUCUGAAGAAGGGCUACAUGAUAGUCAAGUGCAGGGGUCAGCAGGACAUCCAGGAGCACCUGAGCCUGACUGAUGCUCUUCAGAAUGAGCAAGUCUUCUUCAAGGAUCACCCAUACUUCAGAAUUCUUCUGGAAGAUGGGAAGGCCACAGUGCCCUGCCUGGCAAAGAGACUGACUGCAGAGCUCACCUCCCACAUCUGUAAAUCACUGCCACUCUUGGAAGAUCAAAUAAAUAGCAGUUAUCAGAAUGCAAGUGAGGAGCUGCAGAAGUGCAGUGCAGACAUACCAGAAGGUGACAGGACGAGGAUGUCCUUUCUGGUCAAUAAAAUCAGUGCCUUCAAUAGGAAUAUCAUGAAUUUGCUACAAGCACAGGAAACUGUAUCAGAGGGAGACAGCCGGUUGUUUACCAAACUGCGAAAUGAGUUUCUUGCUUGGGGUGAUCAUAUUGAGGAACAUUUAAAAAAAGGUGAGUAUUCUCCUGAGAUACAGAGCAAGAUGAAAGAAUUUGAAAAUCAGUAUCGUGGCCGGGAGCUGCCAGGGUUCGUGGACUAUAAGACAUUUGAGAACAUCAUCAAAAAGCAAGUCAAAGCCCUGGAAGAGCCGGCUGUGAACAUGCUGCGCAGGGUCACUAAGAUGGUCCAAACCGCCUUCGUAAAGGUUUUAUCAAAUGAUUUUGGUGAUUUUUUAAACCUCCACUGUACUGCUAAGUCCAAAAUUAAAGACAUCAGAUUAAACCAAGAGAAAAAAGCUGAAAAACUGAUCCGACGUCACUUCCAGAUGGAACAGAUUGUCUACUGCCAAGACCAGGUUUACAAGGAAACCUUGAAGAUGAUCAGAGAGGAGGAAGCCAAGAAAGAGUUUGCUAUCCCUCAAACUAACUCUCAAUGUCCUCAAAAGGAGUUGACUACCACUGAGAUGACCCAGCACCUGAAAGCCUACUACCAGGAGUGCAGAGGGAAUAUUGGGAGACAGAUCCCUCUGAUCGUCCAGUACUUCAUCCUGAAAACAUUUGGGGAGGAAAUCGAGAAAACAAUGCUUCAGCUUUUACAGGACACCAAUAAUUGCAGCUGGUUCCUGGUGGAGCAGAGUGACAUCAGAGAGAAGAAGAAGUUCCUGAAGAGGCGACUUUUAAGGCUGGAUGAGGCUCGGAAGAAGCUUGCCAAAUUCUCCGAUUAAUCAGGCUAGCUAUGCGUCUUUCCUGGUAGCUGUGCAAUGAUCCUUUAGCUGCUUACCUCAUGUCGGGAUGUUGCCUUUAGACUGUGGAAGCAAGCC